ACUUGGGAGCUCCGGGCCAGGGAACGGCGGCGGUGCCGCGGCGACAGCAACAGAAAGCGCAGCUGCUCGGCUGUAGUACACGCCCCCUUUCCGCUCCGGUGACAGUUUCUGCGGAACGUCGCGUUUGAGAUUUCUGGAGCGCACCCAGCGGGACGAUCGUGCUCCCACCGGAUCAGUUGGGCCAGGUGACGAAGGAACGGUUUCCUGGUUUACCACUCCCAACCCCUAGGCAGCUCGGACCUCAGGGGCCUAAAGAUGCUGAGAUCUAUGUGGAAUUUUCUGAAACGUCACAAAAAGAAAUGCAUCUUCCUGGGCACGGUCCUCGGAGGAGUUUAUAUCCUGGGCAAAUAUGGACAGAAGAAGAUCAGAGAAAUACAAGAAAGGGAGGCUGCAGAGUACAUUGCUCAAGCACGACGACAAUACCAUUUUGAAAGUAACCAGAGGACGUGCAAUAUGACAGUGCUGUCCAUGCUUCCAACACUGAGAGAGGCCUUAAUGCAGCAACUCAAUUCUGAGAGCCUCACAGCUCUGCUAAAAAACAAGCCUUCAAACAAGCUAGAAAUAUGGGAGGAUCUGAAGAUAAUAAGUUUCACAAGAAGCAUUGUAGCUGUAUACAGUACUUGUAUGCUGGUUGUUCUUUUGCGAGUCCAGUUAAACAUUAUUGGUGGAUACAUUUACCUGGAUAAUGCUGCAGUUGGCAGAAAUGGCACUACAGUUCUUGCUCCCCCAGAAGUCCAACAGCAAUAUUUAUCAAGUAUUCAGCACCUCCUUGGAGAUGGCCUGACUGAAUUGAUCACUGUCAUUAAACAAGCUGUGCAGAAGAUUUUAGGGAGUGUUUCUCUUAAACAUUCUUUGUCCCUUUUGGACUUGGAGCAAAAACUAAAAAAAAUCAGAAAUCUCGUUGAGCAGCAUAAAUCUUCUUCUUCAGUUAAUAAAGAUGGAUCCAAAUCUUUAUUAUGCCAUUAUAUGAUGCCAGAUGAAGAAACUCCAUUAGCAGUUCAGGCCUGUGGGCUUUCUCCUAGAGAUGUUACCACCAUUAAGCUACUCAAUGAAACUAGAGACAUGUUGGAAAGUCCAGAUUUUAGUACAGUUUUGAAUACCUGUUUAAACCGAGGUUUUAGUAGACUUCUUGAUAACAUGGCUGAGUUCUUUCGACCUACUGAGCAAGACCUGCAACAUGGUAACUCCAUGAAUAGUCUUUCCAGUGUCAGCUUGCCUUUAGCUAAGAUAAUCCCAAUAAUAAAUGGACAGAUCCAUUCAGUGUGCAGUGAAACACCUAGUCAUUUUGUUCAGGAUCUGUUGAUGAUGGAACAAGUGAAAGAUUUUGCUGCUAAUGUGUAUGAAGCUUUUAGUACCCCUCAACAACUGGAGAAAUAAUUUUUCCUUCAAGAAAAACUACAGUGACAUUCAUUUACUUUUAAAAAAAUACACUGAAUAAAUCAGCUACAGAGUAACAGUUUGUUACUGAAAUGCCUAAUAAAACCAUCUUCUUAAUCAAAGUCUUCAUUUCAUAAUGAAA